GAGUAAAUAUGUCUUGCAUGUCACAAGUUCACCAAAGUCACCUCAUCAUGGGAGGUUUUGUGGUGGUGUCAGGAAUAGCCGCCUACUCGACCUACAAACUUGUGACCCUCAAAAGCCACCAUCAGAGAGAAGCGCACAAGGAAAACGUCUACGAGACCGCCAAGUAUCUGAACGAGUAUCUUCUGUUUCAUUUCGGAAGUCCCGAGGAGGUUCUACAGCUCGACUUUGGCCCGAAAAAUGCCCUAGAGAAUUUCCCUAAACGUUGUGCAGAGGAAUGUUUAGCACAUGCACUUGAUGGGGCAGACAUCCCCAGUAGGGCACUUGACAUCGGCUGUGCCACCGGCAGGUCGUCCUUCGAGCUAGCCCGACGGUACAGGGAGGUGGUGGGCAUCGACUUCAGCCAUUCCUUUGUAGCCGCCUGCGAACAACUGAAGGUAGCAGGGACCAUAGACUAUAACCGGCAGGACGAAGGGGACCUCACGACCCAGCUCAAGGCUGUGGUAGAUCCAGCUAUUGACCGGUCCAGGACCAGAUUUCAGCAGGGAGACGCCUGUAACCUGCCCCUGGACCUGGGACAGUUCGGCUGUGUUCUGGCAGCAAACCUCAUCUGCAGACUCCCUACACCAUUUGACUUCCUGAAUCGACUGAAGAGCCUUGUGGCACCAGGGGGUGUGCUGGUUAUCACUUCUCCAUACACAUGGUUGACCGAGUUCACUCCCAAGAGCACAUGGCUUGGUGGCUACAAGGACAAGGACGGGACUCCAGUCAUGGGUUUCCAGACCCUCCAGAACAGCCUAAGGGGAAGCUUUGACCUGGUCACACACAAGGACAUGCCGUACAUCAUCAGGGAGACUGCGCGGGAAAACCAGUUGGGCAUCGCACACUGCACCGUCUGGAGAAGGAAGACGGACAUUUCUGUCCCAAUGUCAGAGCCGCGUAAAGCAAGAGAUGGAAUGGUACUGCGUUAGGAAAAGCGUUGUGGCUAUGAUUGGUUAUUAUCAAACAUUUCCUGGAAUCUAUAAAGCAUUGCCUCAUAAGGAUAUAAGAAGAUCAAUACUUGAGAUGACAGUAUACCGGAUAUCAGUGUCAUGAUGACACUGAUACCCGGUAUGCAUUACGGACAUGAAUAGAAAUUGUUGUCUAUAGUGACAGGUUUUCCAUUAAAAAAAAACACUUUGGACUGCUCUUCACUCCUUGUUGACUUAUAUGGAAACAAAUGGCCACUAAUAAAUGUACUAGCUAACUACAGAAGAUCGAAUGCACAAUUUCCGUAUCUGUGUGGUUCGUCACGUUGUACAGAAAUCCUGCAUCAACUUGAUAUUGAGCUACUAGGACUUUGUAGCUUCAAGCUUGUGGAGAGAGCCCUGAAAAAACAGUAGUCCCCUUGUAUGUCCUCAGCGUUAUGACAUCAUUGGCAACGAUUGUGUCACUUUCACGGAAAACUGAUAAAGCACUGCAAUUUUAUUGGAUAUGUUGGAUGUUUGCUUUGUCAAUUGUUGAGCAAUGCUUACAAAAUCUAUGUCUUGAACUAUACACCUAGACAUCGUUGGAAAUUUGCAGUUUUAACGUUGGAUACAAAAAGUUUUAUUGCAU